AUGACUCGUUCAUUGAACCUUAGAGAUAACCUUUGUAUACGUAGGUUAUGUGAUGGAUCCACCUCCUCCUCCAACAACACCAUUGAUAAGUCAAGCUCCCCCUGGAGGAGGAUUCUUGGAUACAUGAGACUCGGGGCAAAUCAAGAAGCAAGGUGGAAGAGAUGCAGAUGUGAGAAGUUGGUUCAAAGUGCCAUGGCAUGGCUUUGCUUGCAGCAGAUGGAAAUGCUCUGGAAUCUGUCUCACUUCACUCGCUUGUUGUUGGAAUAA